AUGGAUCCUUUCACAGAAAUUUAAACAACUACUUAAAAGUCAGCUUUAAGAACAACUCUAAAUAUAUUAAUGCUGUUUAUUAAAUUGCCUGUAUUUGCCAUAAUGGUAUUAGAAAUAGUAAUCAUGAAUGACUUGAUAUUUCUUUAAAUACAAAGACGAUAAUUUCAUAUUGUACUGCAUAAAUUUCUGAGAAUUCUAAUCUUAGUGCAUAACUAUAUAAGCGGACGAUUUUUAUUGUUAGUUUUAGGAUACUUUAAAUAUAAAUCACUUUUUCACAACAGUACAUAACACUUUAGAUAUAUGAACUUAUAAUCGUAUUGCAUUUAUUGUACAAGAACAUCUCCGGUUGACGUGUUUGUUUAUAUCACAUAUUUUUCUCCAUCUUUUACUCAUUUAUCGAUCUAGAAAGAUGAAGUCAAGUGUAAAAUAAUAAGUUAUGGAAGAGCUAUUUUAGAGUCAUUUUAAAUAAAUAAAUGCGGUUUCAAGGAUUUUACAGAUGGCGAGAAUAUAAAGGAUUUAAUGAUUUAGAUUAGAAGUCAAAGAACUGGUCCUUUGAUGCUUUUUUGGGAGGGAGGAGUAACCAAUGGAUAAUCUUUCUUGAAAAUUGAUGAUAUAAUCAUCAAGGAAAUCUAUAGUAUCACUAGGUUUGCGAAGGAUCCACUCCAAAAACCUCUUUACAUGCACACAAAUCCUCAAGGCAUGAUUUGUUUAUAGAAUGAUGAUAGAAUGAUUUUGAUUGGAAAUACUCCUAUCUAAAUGCUAAUUACUAUUUUAACAAAUUCAUUUUGUAGCUUAGAGAUGUUCUUCUUAAAAUUCCAACCAUACAAUUUUAUAGAUCAUCUCCCUGAUAUUUACUAGGGUUUUGUUGAAGGUAAAAUAAAGAGAGAAUUAAGCGACUACUCAUGGAAGCAUUUUAAUGAGCAUAUCAUUCAGCAGAAUGAGUGA